CAUCUUUGUAUACAUUCAUACUAUUCUCAUUUGUGCAAGUGUAAAUAUACAUAUAUGUAUAAGUAUACAUAUAUAAAUGUACAAUAGUCGACGAGUAAAUUUCCCUGUGUUGCUCUGUUGUUGCCGAGUGAAAAUGUAAGAAAAUAGUGCGGUUGAAGUAAACAUAUUUGAGAAAAAAAGAAUUGAAAUUUAGUAUAGGGAAUAAAAAAGUGAAUAUUAAAAGAAGGAAAUAAAUAACGUGAAGAAUAGAAAAAGAAAAAGGAAGCUGGAGAAAAACGAAAAAAAAAAAAUAAAGAAACGAGAAAGCAACCAUCGCGUUGCGUUGGACUUGGGAAGGGGCAUCGUCAAAAUGUCGCUGAAACUAACGCAGAUGCAGUGAUAUAUUUGGCUGAUUAUUAGAAGAAAGAAAAAAAUGGUGUCCACACGCCAAUCAAGUAAUAUGGGAGGAAGCAGUGCUGGUGGUUCUGUUUGCGAUACAGUUGGAGAAGUACAACCACGCAAACAACCAACAAAUAUACAACCGAGCACUUCAACUGGACUACAAGUUGUAGAAUGUCCAGUUCCAUGUCAAAUAAAUAUUUUACAAUUACCUGAAGAGAUUCAGGAUAAAAUUUUUAGUUAUUUGAGCUUCAAUACAAUCGCUGGCUUACGACCUGUAUGCCAUCAAAUGGAUCGCAAAUGUGGCUCAUUACUUAAUAAAACUUUUCAACGACUUCAAGCACAAAUGCUAAGUCGUUUUCAAGCGAUCAAAGCACAGAUGCCUCGAAGGGAAUCAGCACGGCGAAAUCAUCCCUUGGCUUGCGAGUCUGAUAUUAUAGAAACCUUGCACAUGCGACUUACUUUAUUGCAAAUGAGUUUCGGUAAACAUAUCGAACGAAAACAUUGCUGCUUUUUUCCCGGAGAAAUUCUUGACGAAGUAUAUCGCAUUCUUCAUUAUAUAAAAGUAACUCCAAAACUCGCCAGGCCUUAUAAGGUGACUGACGAAUUGUUCGAUUUAAGUACCAUGGCUAUGGAAUAUUUUAAAGAACGCAUCGAACCAACUCUUCCAGAAAUUCCUUAUUUUGGAGCUGAUUUUUUGGAUUUUGCAGGAACAUUAUCUUCCUCUAAUACUGUAAAUAAGCCUUUCUUGUGCCUGGACACAGCACCAUUGAGUGUAGGAGGAAAAUCAGGAAGCGGAGAAGAAGGAUCGCCAGUUCAUUCUUCGGAUGAACCUGGUAUUUUGGAGUCGAAUGUUGCUCCACCACAAUCGAAUAUGGUAUUACGAAAACGAAUUCGUAAAAUUAAACAAGGCAUGAAGAGGUACAAUAGUCAGUUGACAUUAAUGCGCAGAGAUUUGCGAAAUUGUAAAACGAAAAUUGCUGAACAACAGAAGCAAAUUGUCGAAUAUGCAACACGUUUGGAUGAAAAUGAUAAGAAAAAUGAAGAGACAUCCAGAAAAUUUAGUACACUCUUACAGGUAUUUACCAAGGAAUUAAACAAAUGCAAGACAGAGCUACAAUAUUGGCGUUCAAGAUCACCAGCAAUUCCAGUUUGCGGAGGAUGUGGACAAUCUAUUCCUCUGCCAAUUGACGAUCUUCAAACGCUUGCCAAUCAAGGUGUUUUACCUGAGGGAGCAUUCGGUGAGGGUUUUGAUUUUAUACCAAUACCAGAAGGUGAUAGUCCAAUAGAUACAAUUUCACCGUCAACAACUGCAACACAAGUAAGCACUGCUCCAAUAGAAAUGGCACCACCAAAAGCGCCCAUAUCAGUUAUAUCAAAAAGAAAAGCAUCUUCAGAUGAGUCGUCAAACGAUGGUUGCAAAAAACCACGUCGCACUGCCAAAUCUCGUCAGACUAAGCGUUCAAAGAUUUAAACUAAUUCUGAAUAUGGUACAAAAAAAAAAAAAAUAAUUGUACCAUCAUCCUUUAAGGGUCUCUUGGGAUAGGUCUUAUUUUGCAAACGCUGUAAGUUUCACGUGUGGCAAUGAAUAGGCGAUCAUCAAAAAAGUACAAAAAAAAAUAAUUUUUUUUCCUCGUCCUGCAUUUUUGCAACGAAGUUUUACAAAAAAUAAUUGUAAAACAAAACUUUAGGCUCUAUAGAUAGAUGAGAAUCCAAGUGAUUUUUUUCUCAGAUAUAAAAAUAUGAAUGAAAAUGUUUGCAUGGUGAAAAAGAUGAAGUUAUUGCACAGCUCCAAGGAACUUUUUUUUUUCCUGCUGUGGUCUAAAUAAUAUUUUGUGCAAAGAAAAAAAAGCAAAUAUCAUAUUUUUUUUCACAGCUCUAUUACUUAAAAGAGAAUGUGAAUUUAUUUUACUGACCGUAUGAUAUUUAAAUUUUUGAAAAAAAUUACGGUCUCAAAUUUGUGAAUUUAAAAAGAAGUUCACAUUAAUCUAUUUCAACUAAUUUGUACAAAAACUGCAAUGUUUGGUUAUUAAAGCAGUUUUCAGAUUAAUGUACCUAAAAUAUUCUUCUAAAUCAUUAAAUAACAAGAAACUGAUUUGUAUAGAAUUUUAAGGGGUUUAAUGUUUGUUUGGUUAUUAUAUAUAAUAUUUUUGUGUUUUUUUCUUUUUUUCUUUAAAGUGCAUAUAUUUAGUUCUGUCUUUUUUAAUAAUGCAAGGGCAAAAAAGAUUGAUAAAAAUCUUUGGUUAAAGAAAAUAAUAAUUUUUAAUAAGCAAUAUUUCAUUGAAAAAUGAAUGUCUCGGAUAUUUCGAUCGCCAUUUAUAAGUACACGAAAGAAACAUAGAACAUAUUUAACAUAGUUUAAUUUUAUAGAAUGAUUUGUAGUUAAUACUCGAAUGGUAGCGAAGUAUCAUGUACCUGAAAGAAUCAUUGAUUCGUGUAGGUACUUUUUUUCGCACUAAUUAAUUAAUAAUCAUAUCAACUUUUCAGUUACCUACUGACUUUACAAGACACACUACCGUUUUUUUUUCUCUCUCUCUUAGGAAAUUUCUGCAACACAUCGCGUCUCUGGUUAGUAGCAAAUAAAUGUUUAGUCAAUUUUUUUUUUGUGAAUAAUAAAAUUUCAAUAUUCACAUUUUAUUUUAAUCUUAUAAUAAUUUUAUUGCAUUUUAGAAUAAAUAAUAUCUUUAAUUCAAAUCAAACUGAAUUAUUAAUGAGUGGAUACGUAUAUAUGUAUAUUUAAUUAUUAAUGGGUUGGAAUAUAUUUUUUUUACAUUCAAGCUAAAGUUUCUUUACAUGUAAUUUUGAACGUGAUUGAAACUGCUCGAAUUCUUAAAAAAAAAUAAAA